AAAAUGUUGAGCCGUUGAAACAUAAUCCACGUGGUAAGAAGACAAAGCAGCUGCUAUAUUUACUCACUCACUCACUCACUCCCCCCGGAAACCCAAUCCAUCAUUCACCGACGAAUUAAUCAAGACUUGAGUUGAAGUUGAAGUUGAGUGGGAAUGAAUUAUUCUGUGCGUGUAUUGCACUGCCAUUCGCACACGGUCGCAAUCCAUCCUCAUCUGAAUAAAAAUAAGCGGUUAGGAUUCCUCCUUCCAUCUAUCCAUCGCCAUCAACAUCCUCUUCUCCACCGUGAUCGUUCCCACACUCUUCCGCUCCUCUCUGCAUUCUCCUCCACCCAAACCCAACCUAGGAAAAGUAAGAAUAAUAUCAAGAUAGAAAAUGUUCAUCUGCAUGUUCGAUUAGAUCACCAAGUUCAGUUUGGUGAUCAUGUUGCCCUUCUAGGUUCAACCAAACAGUUGGGCUCCUGGAAGACUAAUGUUCCUUUGAAUUGGACACAAAAUGGAUGGGUAUGCGACUUAGAUUUCAAAGGGGGUGAUCACAUUGAGUUUAAAUUCCUCAUUGUCACCAACGAUGGUACUGUAGUUUGGGAGGCUGGACAAAACAGACUCUUAAACUUGCCUGCCGCUGGUCAUUUUCAGACAGUUGCCACAUGGAACACCACCAACCAGAUUAUGGAGCUACUCCCUUUAAACGAGCAACAGCAACAACAACAGCAAGACGAUAAUUUGGAACAUAUCGAGGACACUGCUGCUUCUUCUUCUCAUUCAGAAGCAGGGCCAAGUCCUUUUGUAGGAGAGUGGCAAGGAAAAUCUAUUUCUUUCAUGCGAACUAACGAGCAUCAGAGCAAUGAAGCAGGACGGACUUGGGACACUUCAGAUCUUCAAGGCUUGCCUCUCAAGUUGGUUCAAGGGGAUCAAACCGGAAGGAAUUGGUGGAGAAAGCUUGACAUUGUACGCGAUAUAGUUGGAAAUGUUGAAGGCGAAGAUCGAUUGGAGGCUCUCAUAUACUGUUCUAUCUAUCUGAAGUGGAUAAACACAGGGCAAAUACCAUGUUUUGAAGAUGGAGGUCACCACCGUCCCAAUAGGCAUGCUGAGAUUUCAAGGCUUAUAUUUCGUGAUUUAGAGCGAUAUACAAGUCGAAAGGAUAUAUCUCCACAGGAAGUUCUAGUUAUUCGUAAGAUUCAUCCAUGUUUGCCAUCUUUCAAGGCAGAAUUCACUGCAUCUGUUCCUCUGACUCGAAUUAGAGAUAUUGCUCAUCGAAAUGACAUCCCACAUGACGUCAAGUUACAAAUUAAGCAUACAAUACAAAACAAGCUUCAUCGCAAUGCUGGUCCUGAAGACUUGGUUGCUACAGAAGCUAUGCUUGCUAAAAUCACAAAGAACCCUGGAGAAUAUAGUGAAGCUUUUGUAGAGCAGUUCAAGAUAUUUCAUGAAGAACUAAAAGACUUCUUCAAUGCUGGCAGUCUCGCUGAACAGCUAGAAUCAAUUUAUGAAUCUAUGGAUAAAAAUGGCAUGUCGGCACUUAAUUCAUUUUUGGAGUGCAAAAAGAAUAUGGAUGCUGCUGCAGAAUCAACAGCUUCAGAAGAACAAGGAACUAAACUUUUAUUUAAAACCAUGGAGUCUUUGAAUGCUUUGAGAGAUAUUAUUGUAAAGGGUCUUGAAAGUGGCCUCAGGAAUGAUGCUCCAGAUUCCGCAAUAGCUAUGCGCCAAAAGUGGCGCCUCUGUGAGAUUGGGCUUGAGGAUUACUCAUUUGUUCUUUUGAGCAGAUUUCUCAAUGUGCUUGAAGUUAUGGGAGGUGCUGGUUGGCUGGCUGCAAAUUUGCAGUCAAAAAAUGCAACCUCUUGGAAUGAUCCACUUGGAGCCCUUAUUAUUGGAGUCCACCAACUGAAAUUAUCUAAUUGGAAGACAGAAGAAUGCGGUGCUAUUGAAAAUGAGCUUAUUGCCUGGAGUAUACGAGGCCUUUCAGAAAGUGAAGGAAAUGAAGAUGGCAAGAAGAUUUGGACCUUGAGACUGAAAGCUACUCUUGAUAGAUCAAAGAGGCUAACAGAGGAAUAUACUGAAGAACUUCUUAAGAUAUUCCCUCAAAAAGUGCAGAUGCUAGGAAAAGCUCUAGGAGUCCCUGAAAACAGUGUCAGAACAUAUACAGAAGCGGAGAUUCGUGCUGGUGUAAUUUUUCAGGUUUCAAAACUAUGUACUCUUCUUCUAAAAGCUGUGAGAUGUACGCUUGGUUCUCAAGGUUGGGAUGUUAUAGUUCCAGGAUCUGUUUUAGGAACAUUGGUUCAGGUUGAAAGAAUUGUUCCUGGGUCGUUACCAUCACCAGUGGAAGGUCCUAUUAUCCUCAUUGUUAACAAAGCUGAUGGUGAUGAAGAGGUAACAGCUGCUGGGAGGAACAUAGUGGGAGCUAUACUUAAGCAAGAGUUGCCUCACUUAUCUCAUCUUGGUGUUAGGGCCAGGCAGGAAAAAGUUGUCUUUGUCACUUGUGAAGAUGAUGAAAAAGUUGCUGAAAUACAAAAACUUAUUGGGUCAUGUGUGAGGUUGGAAGCAUCCGCAGCUGGUGUUAACCUGACGCUGUCCUCUUCAGUUGACUUUGAUGGCAAUUUUUCUGUUCAAAGCGCUUUUGAUAAUAGUUUCUCUGGAGUUGAGGUUCCUGCUUUCUCUGCUGGUCGAACCGUCGAAUAUAGUCAGGGUGCUUCUUCUGCUGGAGUUAUCUUGCUUCCUGAUGCUGAGACACAGACUUCCGGUGCAAAGGCUGCUGCAUGCGGUCUCUUGUCAUCAUUGUCUGCAGCUUCUGAUAAAGUUUACAGCGAUCAGGGAGUGCCUGCUUCUUUUCGAGUUCCUUCUGGGGCAGUUUUACCAUUUGGAUCCAUGGAAUUAGAGCUAGAGAAAAGAAAUUCCACUGAAACAUUCAAGUCUAUAUUGGAUAAGAUAGAAACAGCAAAACUGGAGGGUGGUGAACUUGACGGUCUAUGCCAUCAACUCCAGGAACUGAUUUCUUCCUUGAAGCCAUCAAAAGACGUCAUUGAAAGCAUUGGAAGAAUGUUUCCAAGUAAUGCAUGUUUAAUUGUUCGGUCCAGUGCCAAUGUGGAGGACUUGGCUGGAAUGUCAGCUGCUGGACUUUACGAUUCAAUACCCAAUGUGAGUCCUUCCAAUCCAACAGUCUUUGGAGAUGCCAUUAGCCGAGUGUGGGCUUCACUGUACACACGGAGGGCGGUGUUGAGCCGCCGAGCUGCAGGCGUGCCUCAGAAGGAAGCUUCAAUGGCAAUUCUAAUCCAAGAAAUGCUAUCACCGGAUUUAUCAUUUGUACUACAUACUAUGAGCCCUACAAACCAGGAUAACAAUUAUGUGGAGGCUGAGAUUGCUUCUGGCCUUGGUGAAACACUGGCUUCUGGAACCAGGGGUACACCAUGGCGUAUAUCAUGUGGAAAAUUUGAUGGGCUUGUGCAAACACUGGCUUUUGCGAACUUCAGCGAGGAAUUGCUUGUGCUUGGUGCAGGGCCUGCGGAUGGGGAGGUUAUCCAUUUGACUGUGGAUUACAGCAAGAAACCACUGACAGUUGACCCAGUUUUCCGUCAACAACUUGGUCAACGCCUUUGUGCAGUUGGGUUUUUCCUCGAGAGAAAAUUCGGUUGCCCACAGGACGUGGAAGGAUGUCUUGUUGGAAAAGACAUUUAUAUUGUUCAGACAAGGCCCCAACCCCAGUAGAAAUAUGAAUGAAUGCUUAAGCCAUAUCAAUCAAUAUUUAUUUAUGACGUAUGAACUUAGUCGGGGAAAAUUUCUGUAUGAUAGGACGCUUUGAUAUGUGACUUUGUGGUUUUUUAAGUUGAGAUAAGCCGUCACGGCCUCAGCUUGUAUCUUGCUGCUAAAAAUAAUUCUCUAGGAACAAUCACAUAAGUAAUACUAGUGGCGCGAAUUUCUCAAGGCCGAUAGGGGUCACGGUCUCUUCAUAUUUUUUUUUAUAAAUAAUUAUGAUAGGUUACUAAAAUAACAGUGAUAAACUUACUAAAUUAUUUCUAGUUUUUUGAGUCA